ACUAUUCCCUUCCUACUUUCUGGUCUUGAAUAUCUCAUUAGCAUAUCAUAUGUUGAUGACACUGAAGUGUUCAAGGUUUGUUUGGACUGCUGGCAUUCACUAGUUUCGGAGUUGUUUACGUCAGGUCAACGAAUGGUUUAUUUUCCUCCUACGGUUGAUCGCAUCGAACCUGAAGUCACAACAACAAAAAUACUUUACUCUGAUCAAAUAUCAAAAUUGAGGGGGCUCAUGAUUGCUCGCAUGGCUAAGCCUGAAGAAGUGCUAAUUGUUGAAGAUGAAAAUGGGAACAUUGUCCGUGAAACUAUAAAGGAUAGCGAUGUUCUUUUCCAGUAUAGGAUAAUGCGGGAGACAUUGAUCUGCCUCACACGCUUUGAUCGUGAUGAUACCGAAAGACAGAUGUUUCGUAAGCUAAGCCAACAGAUAAACAGAGAAGAGUGGACAUGGAAUAAUCUGAACACUUUGUGCUGGGCUAUUGGGUCUAUUUCUGGUUCCAUGGAUGUAAAACAUGAAGAAGAGUUUGUAAUGAGGGUUAUUCGUGCUUUAUUAAGUUUCUGUGAAAUCAUGACGGGAAAUGACAAUAAAGCUGUUAUCGCGAGCAACGUCAUGUAUGUUUUUGGACAGUAUUCAAGAUUCUUAAAGGGCAAUUGGGAGUAUUUGGUAGUGGUUGUUAAGAAGUUGUUUGACUUCAUGCAUUCGACUCAUCCAGGUGUUAAGGACAUGGCUUGUGAUACACUCUUAAAGAUUGUUCGGAAAUGCAAACACAUAUUCCUUGUUGUUCAGGUUCGAGAUCAUGACGAGGAGCCAUUUAUAUCUGAUAUUCUAGCAAGCCUUAAAACAAUUAUUCGAGAUCUUGAGCCAAAUCAGAUGCACACUUUUUAUGAAUCUCUUGCUUGUAUAAUCCAGGCUGAAUCAGAUCCUCAUAAGAUGGGUGAAUACAUUCAGAGGUUGAUGGCUCUCCCUAAUCAGAGAUGGGUAGAGAUUAUACGAGAAGCAUGUCGGAAUGCAGAUUUCCUCAAAGACCCUGAUGUGAUACGGGAUGUGCUUACUAUCCUCGAGACAAGUACGAGAGUUGCAACUUCACUAGGAACACACUUCUUUUCUCAAAUGUCAUUGAUCUUCUUGGAUAUGCUGAAUAUUUACAAAAUGUACAGUGAACUCGUAUCAAUCUACAUAGGUGAUAGUGUUAUGUAUGCUUCGAAGAUAUCUGUUGUUAAGCUUCUAAGAUCUGUUACGAGAGAAAUCCUGAAGCUGAUAAAAACGUUAAUAGACAAAGAUGAAACCGAGUCACAAAUUGGCAAAAAGUUUGUUCCAUUAAUGAUGGAUGUCGUACUUGGUGGCUAUGCAAGAAAUGUUCCUGAUGCAAGGGAAUCAGAAGUUUUAUCACUCUUUGCGACAAUAAUAAAGCAGUACAAGGUUGCAAUGCAAAAUGAUGUCCCUCACAUUUUUGAAUUUGUUUUCCAUUGCACUUUGGAGAUGAUCACUAAGAACUUUGAAGAUUAUCCAGAACACCGGCUCAAGUUUUUCUCGUUACUUCGUGCCAUUGCUGCAUAUUGUUUCCAUACCUUGCUACAGUUGUCAAGUGAGGAACUGAAGCUAUUGAUGGAUUCAGUUAUCUGGGCGUUUAGGCAUACAGAAAAAAACAUUGCUGGAACCGGGCUUAAACUCUUACUGGUGUUAAUGAAAAAGUUUCAGAAAUCUGACUUCUCUAACCAAUUCUACCGGACAUACUUUAUGCAAAUUGAGCAAGAAAUUAUUGCCGUGUUGACCGAUACCUUUCACAAGCCAGAGUUCGAGUUGCAUGUGUUGGUGCUACAGCAUCUAUUUUCACUGGUAGAGAGCGGUUCUUUAACAGAACCUUUAUGGGAUGCUUCCACUGCACCUUAUCAGUAUCCAAAUAAUGCCGCCUUUGUUUGUGAAUACACCAUCAAGCUUCUAAGCUCAUCAUUCCCCAACAUAAGUGUAUCAGAGGUGACACAAUCUGCGAAAGAACUUUAUCGGUUGAGAAGUCACCCUGAUAUAUUUAAGAAUCACUUACGAGACUUCCUUAUACAGUCCAAAGAAUUUUCUGCAUAGG